UGUCAAGGAGGGUCAGUAUGAUAAUAUGCCCUGCAUAUCGUACGUAACAAUCAGUUUUUAAAGGCUCGCGAUAGGCAGGGCCAAUUUAAUUAAAAUCCUCAGCCAUGUAUGAGCUGAAUUUAAACUCCAACUAAAGUGCCAUUUGUUUUUGUGCUGAAUAUAUUGUGUUUUGGCAAACAUAACCACUUUCUCAAUGUCCUGUAUGUUUUCACUUGUAAAACAAAUAUGAAAAAUGAGAGUUGACAUUUUUUUACAAAUAUAAAAUUUUUUACAAAUAACUUUUCGGCCCCAUUAUGAAGCCAACGAUCACGAUAAAAUUAAUCGUUUUAAUCUCUGUCUGGUUCACAUUUUAUAUCGUGACAGGUAGUACACAUUAUAACAGUCACAAGAGUCAUCAUCACCAAGAAAUACAUCCUACUAACAUAAGCACCAAAGAACUAAGGAAAGUGUCGGAGGAGAUAUUUAAUAAAUUUUCCAAUAACUACUAUCGAUAUGCAAAUAUUAAUAUACAAAGCAAAAGGGAUGCUCCAGAUGCCAAGGAUGAAGCUCCAGAACCGUUGUUUAAUGCACCGAAGGACUUGUUUAAAAUGAGCCUUACCAUAGAUUUACUGUGCAAAUUGUAUGACAACUAUGAAAUUGAUUCCUUGAAGGCUGAAGACAUAACGUCAAGCGAAACAGCAGAAGAGGAUCAAUUUAUCGAUGCUUUGCUCGAAACUGACCUCAUGAUGCAUACUAUGGACUUCUUGGCUAAAAAAGAAUAUUUUUCAAAAAAUCACGAGGUGUACAGAAAUGUUCUGAAGAAAAUAUGGUUCCACCCAUAUGCAAGAUCUAAUGUUACGAGGGCAGUGGGAAGCUCUGGCUUCGAACACGUUUUUGUGGUAGAGAAAAAUCGUCACCACAUCACUGGCUUGCACAACUGGAUAUUCUUCGCAUCUCGGGAAUACGACAACAAAGCCAAUUACUUGGGAUUCAUAAAAAUAAAACGACUAGCCGAUAAAGCAGCCGUGAUGAAGUUCUAUCUUUCCUACAUGAAUAAAAUAAAAUUAUCGUCCAUGUUUGUUGGAACUCCACCGGAAUUCGAUUUCGCUCUCUAUACACUGUGCUUCUACGCAAGACCAAGUAAGCCCUGCGAUGUUCUACUAGGAGGUGAGAAAAUCCGGAUUCAAUCUUACGUUCAACACGCAAAUGACGAUAAACUGGUUUCUUCGGCGUACCCUAGAAUUUAAUAACUAUUGGUUUCAAAUAUAUAUAAAACUUCUUUUUUAUGAGAGCAUUUUUUAUCGCGCUAAAAAGGUUUUAAAAAAAAAACUUGUAGGGGUUUAACGUAUUUCUUCAGUACAAUUUAGAAAAACCUAUACUUUUCAUAUGGAUACUGAUAUUACGUGGUAUAACGGUAGAAGCAUCGUGAAUAAGUAGAAACGAGGAAGAACUGAUUAACUUGUGUUCAUUAUUAUUGAUAAAA